CCCACGUGGCCUCCAUCAUAUGCAUUGCAUUUGCAUUUGCAUGCGCAAUAAUAUUGGUAGGGCCCUUUCACCACCACGAGAGAAUUCAGAAGAAAGAGUCAUCUCUUUUUUCCAAAUUAGGACCCCCUCUUUUUCCCGCAACAAACAAACUUCACCGCUCUCAAACCCAACACACACAAUGUACCAAAACUCUUACUUUUCUUCUUCUUCUUCUUUCCCAUUAUCACUUCUUAUUCUCCAAUGGGACUCUCUUCAAAACACUCACCUCGCUCCCCCACUUACCUCUUCCCCUGUGUCAUCGCCCUCUGUUUCUUCUCCCUCACCGCAAUCUUUCUCUACAAGGUGGACGACGUUGCUUGCAAAACCGGAACGGUGGUGGGUCACAACCUAGAACCGACGCCGUGGCACGUUUUCCCUCACAAGGCCUUCGACGAAGAGACACGCCAACGCCGCAACUACAAAAUCAUACAAUGCUCCUACCUCACUUGCCGUUACGCUCCCUCUGGCGGCGUAACGGCACGGCGUUUCGCCUCCGCCGGGGUGAAUUGCCCGGAUUUUUUCCGGGCAAUCCGUAAGGACCUGGAGCCUUGGGCGGCGACGCGGAUCUCGAAGGCGCAUUUGGAGGAGGCGCAGCAGUAUGCGGCGUUCAGAGUGGUGAUUGUUGGAGGGAAGAUGUUUGUGGAUUGGUACUAUGCUUGUGUUCAGAGCAGGGCCAUGUUCACUGUGUGGGGUUUGUUGCAGCUUUUGAAAAGGUACCCUGGUUUGGUUCCUGAUGUGGAUUUGAUGUUUGAUUGCAUGGACAAGCCUAUUAUUAACAGAACUGAACAUAGCUCAAUGCCUUUGCCACUCUUUCGCUAUUGCACCACAAAGGAACACUUUGACAUCCCUUUCCCUGAUUGGUCUUUCUGGGGUUGGUCAGAGAUAAACAUACAACCCUGGCAGGAGGAGUUCCCAGAUAUCAAGCGAGGUUCUCAAGCUGUGAGUUGGAAAAAUAAGUAUCCGCUGGCAUACUGGAAAGGAAACCCAGAUGUUUCAUCUCCCCUUCGUACUGAAUUACUUACAUGUAAUAAUUCUAGGGAGUGGGGAGCACAAAUUAUGCGUCAGGAUUGGGGUGAAGCAGCUAGAACUGGCUUUAAGCAGUCAAAACUUUCAAGUCAGUGUAAUCACCGGUAUAAGAUCUAUGCUGAAGGGUAUGCAUGGUCUGUGAGUUUGAAAUAUAUUCUCUCAUGUGGUUCUGUUGCACUAAUUAUAUCACCCCAGUAUGAAGAUUUUUUCAGUCGUGGCCUUAUUCCAAAGCAAAACUUUUGGCUUGUUGAUCCUCUAGAUCUAUGUCCAUCUAUAAAGAAUGCUGUAGAAUGGGGAAACGCACACCCAGAUGAGGCUGAGGCUAUAGGGAAAAGAGGCCAGGAUUUUAUGGAAAGCUUGAACAUGGAUCGAAUUUAUGAUUACAUGUUCCACCUUAUUUCGGAAUACUCAAAACUUCUAGACUUCAAGCCUACUCCAUCAUCAACUGCCCUGGAAGUUUGCGCAGAAUCGGUGCUUUGCUUUGCUGAUGAAAAGCAGAGGAUAUUCCUCAAUAAAUCAACUGCUUACCCUUCGCAAACUCCUCCCUGCACUCUCAAACCUGCAUAGAGUUACUUCACUUGCAUUUUACAGCACAAAAAUACUAAACAAAGGAUGUGGAUCAUACAACACCACAUGAAAUCACAGUGAACUGGCUUAUACUACAGUGAGUGCCAUUGUUGGUGUCAAAAGAAAAGUACGUUAUAAAAUUUUGUAAAUUUUUAGUACCUUGUAGGUCAUUAUUUACGGGAUUUAGCUUUUUUAAUAGGUCAUCAUUGAACAGAGCAAACAGCACGGGAAUUCUCAUUUUCAUUUCUUUCCCAUGUCAUUCUUUUGUUUCUCUCUCUCUCUCU